ACGAAAUCUCCCCUUAGUCCCCACCACAGCGCGAGCCUCAGGGUAGGCAACCAGGCAGAUUCGACAGGGAAAGCCUUUUCGGAAUACUUCCUGUUGUAGCCAUUGCCGUCAUUUUCCCGCUUUUCUAGUCUGCACUUAUAUCCGCUCCGCCAAUACGAUAACCCGCGUCUAUUGGCUAGCUAUGCGACUAGUAUUGGUUGCCGGCUUCCUGUUACGGUAACGCUAGCGGGCUACAAACUCCGCUACAUUGGUUAGCUACCUUGGGAGCUCCUGCUAUAAAGAUCCAAUGAUUCCUACGCUAAUGUAGCAGGAAGUUGGAGAGACUUAGAAGAAGCACUACUUGUCUCUGUAAUUCAAGAGCAUCUACAAACAUGGCUCCCCAAACUCCUGUCAAAAUCAUCCUCGGAACAUACCAAUUUGGAGAUACUUCCAAAGAUAAUCUCGCUGUGUUCGGUGAAAACAAUCCAGAUGGCCCGAAGGUCCUCGAUACUCUGUAUAGCCGUGGCUACAGAGACCUAGACACGGCUCGUGAUUAUCCAAACCUCGCCAAAGGCACCUCUGAAGAGCGUCUCGGUGAACUGGGCGCCCCCGCGAGAUUUACAAUCCACACGAAAGUCCACAGUGGAGAGGACGGUGCACACAAGCCUGAGAAUAUCGAGGAGAGUAUCCAGGCUAGCCUCGACGCCCUCAAGGUUUCCUCUGUGGAAACCAUCUUUCUCCAUCUCCCGGAUCGUGCCACGCCCUUGAAGGACGCCGCCAAGGCCAUCAGCGAUGCUGUCAACAAGGGCCAAUGCAAGAGAUUUGGCAUUAGCAACUACUCUCCUGCAGAGGUGCAGCAGUUCAUUGAUAUUUGUGACGAGCACGGCUAUGUAAAGCCCAGUGUCUAUCAAGGACACUAUAACCCGUUGGUCCGUGGCAGCGAGAAAGAGCUGUUUCCAAUUCUGCGCAAGAACAACAUUGCCUUCUUUGCUUUUAGCCCUGGAGCAGGUGGCUUCUUUCAACCAACUACAGCCUCGGCCGCCCGCUGGAGCUCGUCUCAUCCUGUCGGAGGAGCUUACGGCCAUCUCUACAGCGACCCGUCAGUCCAUGCCGUCGUCGAGACGGUUCAGACUGCCGCCGCUAAGCACGGCAUCAACCCCUACGAAGCCACGCUUCGAUGGUCGGCGUUCCACGGCAUCUUGGACGGUGCUCAAGGCGAUGCCAUCAUUUUUGCCGUUUCUAAGCUCGAGCAGCUUCAGAAGAGCUUGGAUGCUAUUGAAGCCGGCCCGUUGCCCCAGGAUCUUGCGGAUGCUAUUUCUGGAGUGUACGCUACUUGUGAGGCUGGUGCACCGCCAUUCCACUUUUAAUUUGUGUAAAACGCAUUAAAGAGAUGUUUAUGUAGUGAAUUAUAUUCUUAAAAAAA